AUGACGCUGAAGAAAAUACCCCCUCGCCCGGUCAUCGCGGUUGCCGGCCUGGCUUGCGAAACUUCGAGCUUCUCCCCCGCUCGCACAGUCAGUUGGGACUUCCACCCGAGGCGUGGAGCGGAAAUAAUCGACAAAUACAAGUUUCUACACGAGGGAAGUCCCCUGGCAAAGGCGGCAUGUUGGAAAGGGGCUCUCAUCGGCCAUGCCUUGCCGGGGGGAAUUGUCGUCAGAGGGGAUUUUGAACAGCUGGCAAGCGAAAUCAUAGCGCGAUUGCAACAAAUCAUCGCCGCCACUCCUAUCGAUGGACUCUGGUUUGACAUACAUGGAGCAAUGUGCGUGGAAGGACUGGAUGAUGCCGAAGCUGAGCUGCUCCAUCGAGUCCGAACUGUGGUUGGCCCCGAUGUUUUGAUCUCGGCGUCGAUGGACUUGCAUGGGAAUGUCUCCAGAAGGCUGGCCCACGGGACAGAUCUGAUCACCUGCUUCCGAAUGGCACCACACGAAGACGCCAUGGAAACAAAAGAGCGUGCGUGUCAGAAUCUGGUGGACAUCUUGACUGCUCCCACACAGACUGGGAAACCAAGAAGACUUUUCAAGGCACGGGUCUCGGUUCCAAUCUUGUUACCCGGGGAGCAGACCUCCACACGCAUGGAGCCAGCUAAGAGCUUAUACAGACUCGUUCCAGUCGUCGAAGCGAUCCCAGAAAUACUUGACGCUGGGAUCUGGGUAGGAUAUGCAUGGGCAGAUGAGCCUCGAAACCAUGCGGUGGUGAUGGUCACUGGAUGGAACAAGUCCACGGCCAUGGAGCAAGCAAAACUGCUUGCCGCAUAUUUCUGGAAAUGUCGCGAGGAAUUUCAAUUCGUGGCACCCACCGGCUCCCUGGCCAAAUGCCUUGACACCGCAUUUGCAUCUGUCAAGAGGCCUUUUUUCAUAUCCGAUUCGGGUGACAAUCCUACUGCAGGCGGCGCUGGGGAUGUGACCUCGAGUUUGAUGGAGUUGUUAGCGCGAACCGAACUGCAAACCAACACCAGUGUCUCGGUGAUAUAUGCCAGCAUCCCGGGUCCCAAGGCAAUCGAUGCCAUGAUAAAGGCUGGUAUCGGCGCCAUGGUCACCAUCACUGCGGGGGCACAGGUGGAUCACCUUCAUUCUGGACCCGUGACAAUGACCGGCAUCGUGUUUUCGAUCAAAUACGGAGAUGCUAACGCCGAGGUCGAAGCAGUCCUACAAGUGGGAACGCUUUUUGUCAUCGUGACCAAGCUACGGAAACCAUACCACCAUGAGAGCGAUUUCGUUGACCUUAACCUGGAUCCACGCCAAACAGACGUGGUGAUUGUGAAGAUCGGGUACCUUGAGCCAGAGUUGUUCGACAUGGCCGCUGACUGGAUGAUGGCAUUGACCCCUGGGGGAGUAGACCAGGAUCUACCCCGUCUAGGCCAUCGCCGAAUCCACCGUCCGAUGUGGCCCUUUGACAAAUCGUUUUCUGAGAUGCCAGAGCCAACACCUGAGCUUAUCCCGCCAUCUAACGAGUCUAUGUGA